AUGGCCGAUAGACAUCAGAAAAACUCCAGAUCAUCCAAACCCCUCGAUCCAAAUAUCGACAUGGGUCCUCUUCUUGGCUCCCUACGCUCAUGGAACGACAUCGAGAAAGAGAUGUCCGCAAAACAGAGAAGAGAAGAAGCGAACAAAUCGCCUGCCCAAAAAGCCAAGGAAAAUUAUGAACGAGAAGCACAGGUUUCUAGACACGCUAGACGUAUGCAGAAUCGUGCCACGAUUGAAAAGGAGAGAGGAACACCAUGGGAUACCGAGCGACAGACGACAGAUAAAGCCGCAAAGCGUCUACUCAAUUACAUCAAAGCACAAAACCAGCAAGCCCAACAUUCCAACAAAUGGGGAAGUAAGAUUGCUUCUAAACUCCAUUCGAAAGCAACACAAGAGCGGAUCGAAGCGGAAGCGAAACAACAGAUCCUAGCGUUGGAGAGGAGUUUUGAGGUGGCUAGACAGGCAGAAGAAGUGUGUUGGUUACAGGAGCUAGGAGUGAAUCGCAAUGCGAGAAAUGCUAAGAUACAUGUUGAGAAAUGUAUGACAUCAGAAAGUCUCCUAGAACGAGGGGGCUCUUGUUGCGAGGACUGUCAGUAUGAUUCUAGACUUGCUUUCUUUGCGGAAGAGGAACAGCAAAGUAGGCUUAGGGUUGAAUAUUAUGGAAAUUAG